CAGACUAUCUCUCAUAGGAUCGGCUGGGGGGUGCUCUGUGUCGCCGGUGGAGGCGCCUAUUACUUCGCGAAGAGAUCGAUCAACGCCGACCGGGCUGCUCGAUAUGAGGCUGAGCAGCAGAGAAAAGCUCGUAUGCAACGUCUAGAGGAUUCACAUAUUACUUCCAAUAAAAAACCUCCUACCACGAAACCGAAGACCAAAAUAAUCGACCAGGCCGAUGCUUUUACUGGAUCACAAAGCUCCAAAGGAUUGGAUCACGCGGGCAGCCCGAGCAGCGAGAUAAGCGAAGAUGCUGCACCCGUUGGACAUGCCCCGGUCGACGGAGAACAGAGAGUACGAGAGAAGAGCAAGUACGAAGCAGCGGAGCCUUAUCGAAGCAAGAAAGGAGACAGACUAAGUUGA